CUUCUUGCGGGCGGGGGGGGGGGGCGGGCAGGGGGUUCCCCUUUUCAUGGUUUCCUGCUGCUGCUCGCCUCGACAGAGGGCUUUGGAGAUCGCGGCCGCCCGGUGCCCGCGAGAGCCUUUUCCUUGCCUCUCCCUCUGCGCCAAGAUGAGAUUACUCGCCACCAGCCUUUCGCCGCCGGCGGAGCGCGGCCGCCGCGGCUACUGCUGAGCCGGGAGGCGUGAGGCGCGCUCGCCCGCUGCCGCGCCUGCUCGCCGCCGGCAAGGGACCCCCCCCCGGCUUUGGCGAGGCGGAGAAGUUGCGGGAAGUCCGGGCCCCGCCGGCAGCAGCAGCAACACUCGGACCGCCACCAGCUGCAGCCGAGGCGCGGGGUGCCCUCCGGCGCCGCCAUGGAGACGGCCAGCCGCGGCAGCUUCCAGCCCCAUCCCGGCCUGCAGAAGACCCUGGAGCAGUUCCACCUGAGCUCCAUGAGUUCGCUGGGCGGCCCGGCCGCCUUCUCGGCGCGCUGGGCGCAGGAGCUGUACAAGCGCGAGGCGGGCGGCAAGGACCCUUCCUCGACGGCCGCCGCUGCCGCCGCCGCCGCCGCCUCCUCCUCGGCGGGCGACCCUUCCUCGGUGCUCCACUUGCCGCCCAUCCAGCCGCCGGCCGUCAUGCCGGGCCCCUUCUUCAUGCCCUCGGACCGCUCGACGGAGCGCUGCGAGACGGUGCUGGAGGGCGAGACCAUCUCGUGCUUCGUGGUGGGCGGCGAGAAGCGCCUCUGCCUGCCGCAGAUCCUCAACUCGGUGCUGCGCGACUUCUCGCUGCAGCAGAUCAACGCCGUCUGCGACGAGCUGCACGUCUACUGCUCGCGCUGCACGGCCGACCAGCUGGAGAUCCUCAAAGUCAUGGGGAUCCUGCCUUUCUCGGCGCCCUCCUGCGGCCUCAUCACCAAGACGGACGCCGAGCGUCUCUGCAACGCCCUGCUCUACGGGGGCGCCUACCCGCCGCGCUGCAAGAAGGAGCUGUUGUCGGGCCCGGGCGGCAGCAGCGGCGGCGGCGCCCCCUCCUCCUCCUCCUCCUCCGCCCUGGAGCUGGAGCUGACCGAGAAGAGCUUCAAGGUCUACCACGAGUGCUUCGGCAAAUGCAAGGGGCUGCUGGUGCCCGAGCUGUACAGCAGCCCCGGGGCGGCGUGCAUCCAGUGCCUGGACUGCCGCCUCAUGUACCCGCCGCACAAGUUCGUCAUCCACUCGCACAAGGCCCUGGAGAACAGGACUUGCCACUGGGGCUUCGACUCGGCCAACUGGCGAGCCUACAUCCUCCUCGGGCAGGAUUACACGGGCAAGGAAGAGAAAGCCCGGCUGGGCCAGUGCCUGGACGAGAUGAAGGAGAAGUUCGACUACAGCAACCGGUACAAGCGGAAAGCGCCCAGGGUCCCGUCUGACCCUCCUGCUCCCAAGAGGCCCAAGACAGACGACUCCUUGCAGUCUCCGAUAGCUGUAGAAAAAGAGAAACAGUCCAGUUGGUUACGGUCCUUGUCCAAUUCAUCCAGCAAGAGUAUCGGUUGCAUGCACCCCCGCCAGCGCCUUUCUGCGUUCCGGCCCUGGUCCCCCGCCGUUUCCGCCAACGAGAAGGAGCUCCCGAACCACAUCCCUGCCUUGUUCCGAGACAGAGACAGUUUUUACUCCUACAAAAGCUUCGAGAACGCAGUGGCUCCCAACGUAGCCCUCGCCCCCCCUGCUCAGCCAAAGAUCGUCAGCAACCCCCUGUGUGCUGCCGCCGCCGCGUCGCGGAGCAGCGAGCUGCUGAACAGCCCCGCCCAGCCAAGGAAGAGGAAACAUGUCUCUGAGGCCCCCCCUGUCCCCGAGCCCACGCCCACCACAGCCCCGACGCCCGCCCCCGCUGCCGCCGCCGCCGCCGUCCCUGCCGCGGAAGACGAUAAGGAGUCGGAAGCGGAGAUCGAAGUGGAGACUCGGGAAGAAGUCACUUCUUCUCUGUCCUCGCUCUCCUCCCCGUCCUUCACCUCCUCGAGCUCCGCCAAGGACAUGAGCUCACCCAGCAUGCAAGCCCCACCCGCGGCCGCCAGUAGCCUGUUCGAAGCCGCCGGCCACGCCGAGCCCCAGAGCGGCGGGAGCGGGCUGGAGGCCGAGUUGGAGCACCUCCGGCAGGCCCUGGACGGCGGCCUCGACACCAAAGAAGCCAAAGAGAAGUUCCUCCACGAAGUCAUCAAGAUGAGAGUGAAGCAGGAGGAGAAGCUGAAUGCGGCCCUACAGGCCAAACGCAGCCUGCACCAGGAGCUGGAGUUCCUUCGCGUGGCGAAGAAGGAGAAGCUCAGAGAAGCCACCGAGGCCAAGCGCAACUUGCGGAAGGAGAUCGAGCGCCUCCGAGCUGAGAACGAGAAGAAGAUGAAGGAGGCCAACGAGUCGAGGAUACGGUUGAAGCGGGAGCUGGAGCAAGCCAGGCAGGUUCGAGUCUGCGACAAGGGCUGUGAAGCAGGCCGGCUGAGAUCCAAGUACUCGGCCCAGAUCGAAGACCUGCAGGUGAAGCUCCAGCAUGCCGAAACGGACCGGGAGCAGCUGCGGGCCGACCUGUUGCGUGAGCGGGAGGCGCGGGAACAUUUGGAGAAAGUGGUGAAGGAGCUGCAGGAGCAGCUGUGGCCGAAACAGAGCCAUCUGCCCGGCAGCGAGCACAUGGCAAAGGACCUGGAGAACUAAGCCAGCGCGCCCCGAACGAGCACGGAACUCAGUUGUCCGCUCCGUGGGCCAGAGGGACGGACCUGCACCGCCCGUGUGUGGGAGGGGUGCGAGCCGGUAAUCACGGACCUGGUGAUUAAUUGGAGGGCAAAUGUUACUCUUUCUAUCGGAAGCACUGGACACCUCCUCUUUUUCAACCCAUAUAGCACAACAUCUUCCUGUGCCUAUAACAUGAAGAGUGUUUAAGCUCCUUUUUUGAGUCUGCAGCAAAAAAAGAAGAAGAAAGAAAGGAAAGAUUUUUCUACUGGCCAAGCCCGAUCUGGCGAGCGGCAUCCCCGCAAAAAUCAGAAAACGGCAAGCACAGCAUGCCCUGCUUUCUGGGAACACUUUGGAAUUAAGAGAAACCCUUUUGUUAUAAGCUAUUUAAAAAAUACAGACAGUUGAGAGUCGUGAAGACGUGGUAUUCUAACCAUUGAUGAGAUUUUUUUAAAAAAUAAAUAUAUUAUAUAUAAACGGGGGGGGAGGGGAAUGCAAACACUUUUGAUGCCUAAUUUGUAAAGACAAAUUGUUAUAGGUGUUGGGUUCUUACAGAAGCUUGUUUGAAAAUGCCCCCACAGUAAGCCAUGAGUUUCAAACCCAGCUGGGGAUUUUUAUGAGGAUUUCAGAUUUAAGUUGUUCCUAGUUUAAACCCCUCAUUUCCCCUCGCGCUUGAACCAAGAAAAGGAGAAAUGUCAAAGGGAGAAGAGGUGGUAUGCAUGGGUUGAACGCUACACUAACCCAGCCUUACUGAAUUCAGUGUUUGUGCAUCACACCCAUCACUAUUCUUUCAGAAGUAAUGUCUGUCGUUAACUGAUGUGUUUUAAAAGACUCGCUUCAUCUCGAAAGCUCUUCAGUUUUAGGAAACAAACCAAUGGAAGAGUUUGAAGAAGAAGAAAAGAGAUGGGCCAUGAAGUUGCUUGUGGAAGAAAAGGGAGAGGAGAAAACAGCAUGCCUUGGGGAACCUUUCCUUCCAUUUUCUCGGCAAACUCGUCCCUGUUCUACCAUCGACUCAAAUUCAGUAUUUUAUUGACUUGCGGUCAUGUGUGAGGAUCUGGGUGUCCCAUAAAGAGUGCUCGGCAUUGAUUUAAAGAGACAAAGACUUUUUUGCUGCUGUGAAUAAGCCUAAAUUUCUUAUUCUUUUCGGGGGGGGGGUUAUUUUUUUUUUUGGUCUUUUGGUUUUGUUUAAUGUGACAAAUACUUUAAUAUUGGGAUCUAUGCCGCACCUCCUCCCCCCCACCUAACCAUGGAUAUAAAAUAUGCAUUAAAAACACUCAGGGCAAAAUCCUAUCCCCAACAAGAGUUUUGCGUCAACGUGAUUGGGGCCAGCAGUUAAUAACCCAUGGGAUUUUGUUUUUGUUUUCCUUUUCAAAACGUUGCUGUCUGUAAAGAACUGCACUUUACUGUUAUUUACUGUUACCACACCCCUUAGAUGCAAACUUAACCAAUUAGGUGUUGCACGUUGGAUCUGGGUUCAGCAAACUCUGGAACGGUGAACACAGCAGGCACGGGGUUUAGACUUUGCAGAAAUAAGACAAUGCAUUACUAAGUCAUAAUAGUGAAGCCACAGUGGCGAUGUAAGAGGCCUUACAGACUCGGGUGCCCAGAGUUUUGUUCUCUCGCACAGAGGGUCCCCCAACUUGGAGUCCCCAAAGGUUGGUGAAUUACAUCCCAUCGGAGUGCCCAUCUUCAGCAGCCAACUUCUGGGGACUCCACACACAGAACCCCGGCACUUGUACACAGACAUGUUAUAAGUGUCGGUAUGACGACUCACACUUGUGCUAGCGAGAGGGGGUUUUUCCCCCUGGAAACAACCAGGGUACCGUUUUUGAAAGCCCGAUCCCUGCAAAAGUGCCCCUUAUAACUGAGCUUACAAACAAGAUAUCUUCCAUCCAAAGCACGCACGUAUGCGGCAUCGAUUCAAUACCAGUCUCUUUCCUAAAUUGUUUUCUAGAAUCCGUUCCUGGCACCCAGUUGCUACCCUAAAUCCUUAACUGCAGGAGAACGUUCUUAGAUUCUCUCUCCUGCCCCUGCCUGUCCCCCUGCAAAAACCCUGCGUGCCGACACUGAAGGGAAAUUGUUCUCUGCCACACACCCUUUCUCCAACAGCGGAAAGCGGCUUUACCCAUCCUAAAAUUAAAGUAUUGAUUUACAAUACACUAGAGAGAGAAAAUUAAAUUGUAUUAAAGACUUUUAAAAGCUGGUAUCCAUUCUAAUAGCCAUUGUAAGCAUGAACAUUGAGAAGAGAAAGUACAGUUCGUUUUAUGGGGGGGGGGGGCAGGUACAGGAAAAAAAGGAAUAUAUAUUAGAAAAAUCAGGUUAUUUAGGCAAAACCAAUAUGGGGCACAAGGGACAGCUUUCUGAACUAUCACUGCAUGAUAUGAAGCCGUGUUCCUUUGCAAUGAGUGGUUUCAGCUUUGGUUCAGCUCUCCCCUCCUGAAGUGCAAUGCAAAAGGAAUAUUGAUUGUGUUUAUGCAGUUAUUUUUUUAAUGUGGGGUUUUUUUUAAAAAAAAAAUAAUGCUUCUUUGUAUGUUCUUUUCCUGCAGUUAUUAAAAAAAACAAAACCAUAUGCAUGGAAUUAAAACCUUUGCCAUACAUAUAUUAAUUAAUGGGCAUUAUUACUGUCUUAUGUAAAGGGUUUUUAAUCUCGCCACACAAGGUGCAUAACGAAAAUCCUGUUCUCAGCCGUAUGAAUUUCUAGGAUGUGUAUUGCUUUUUCUUACGUUUUUGCAGUUAUUUCGAGAGUCACAGACGUUUUCGCCUAGCAUGGCCUUUGGCGGUUCAGUCCCACUGCCAAUCAUUCAUCCUUCGGACAACCAGGUGAUUCUUUUCAUGCCGUUUUCUCCCCCCACCUCAGAUUUUUUGGAAGUGUGGGGGGGGGCGGGGCGGGUACAGGAGCAAUCUUGGGAAUAUGUAACUCUUCCCAUCCUAAAUAUCAGGGGCUCCUCUGUGAGAAGACCAGACGAGCUUCCUUGAAAGCCAGGUUGAACACACACCCCUAGCAGACCCUUGCAGUGGGGAGGGGGUCUUCCAUGAUACAGAGAGAACUGUGUGCACACCCAAGAGCACCUUGAGAGGGCAUAAGCGUCCCUUGGCGGGCGAGCCAAAGCAUCAGGGCUCCCCCAGCUCUGAAAACCAUCGUGAUAGAGAAGGCCUUGCUGCCCUGAAGCAGUAGCUCCUAGAAUCUAAUGGAAAGGGACAUCCGACGCUUUCCCCAUCUCUCUGCCUCUGGCCAGCAGCUCUGCCAGCCCAAACGGGAGGGGAGAGGAGAGCUGUCUCUGCAGCACGGCCUCCCCAAGGUAACCCUCCAUAGUCGUGGUGAUGUGAAUGGCGGCUGGUCCCUGGGCCUUGUGUCUGACUGGUUGGCUCAGCGGACACGGGAACGAGCCCCGUUCACAUCAGCGGCACUAGCUAGAGCACGUUAGGUUGGCCUCUGCCCUGCACCGUCCCCACCUUCUGCCCACAGCGUCAUCCUCUAGGCUUCCGUUCCGGCAGUAUUUAGACACGCCGCUUCGACGUGUGUGGGCCCGCGCUCCCUUCCCCCAGGGAAAGCGAAGCGGCGCGGAUCAAACAGAAAGACACACCCGAGCUGCGGGGAACAAACGCCAAAACGUAGCCACCCCAGCGCUGCCUUCUAAAGGAGGCGAGAAACUGAGGGGGCAGGAAAGGUCUCCCCCUAUCAAUUUCCGCCGCAUCUCAGGCUCCCAUCGUGCACCCUUUGCAGGGCAAGGACCAGCAUCCCACUGAUGUAAGGGUGUUGCUUUGUAUGCAGCAGCAAAUAUGUGUAUACCGCUUUUCAACGAAAGUUUCCAAACCGGUUUACACGGAGAAAUAAUAAAUAAAAAAAGACGGCUCCCUGUCCCCAAAGGGCUCACAAUGGGAAAAGAAACAGAAGACAGGCGCCAGCAAUAGUCACUAGAAGUACUGUGCUGGGGGGGUGGAUAGGGCCCGUUACUCUCCCUCGGCUAAAAUACAGAGAAUCGCCACAUUAAAAAGGUGCCUCUUGGCCCAGUUAGCAGGGGAGUUCACACUUGUAGGGAAUGCAUGUAGAAUGAAAGUGGUGUGUGGUUAGUGGGGCAUUCCGAAGGAUCCUUACUCAGAAGCAAGUCUCAUUCAGUUCCACGUGACUUGCUCCCUAGUCAGUAAGUUAAGAUUGCACAUUUAGGCUGCAGUCCCCAUAAUGGUCCGAAAGGUGCAGAGUCUUAUGCUAGGGAGUGCUGCCUCCAACUCUGCCGUCUUGAUCCAAAGAAGAUCUUGCCAUCAUUGGUGGGAGGGUACAAAUGAUUUUAGUACACUGACCAAAUAUUGAAGCAUUUCUCUGUCCGCAGCACAAGUUAGGCUGUCAAGCAAGAAUCCGAUCGCCAGAGAAACACACAUUCCACCCCCCCCCCCGCAAAAAAAUCCCUUUCAAGUACAGUAGAGGCAAUAAUUAUGGUGACCGAAUCUAAUUAGAAGAGCUUUCCAGAAACUCAGGUAAUGAGUUUGUAGGAAGCAAACCUGUCCAUGCAAAUUUGAGAGAACCUGUGCACUCUUGCUGAAGGCAGAAGCCGUCUUGAAAGGUGUCCCAAGUCAGAAGUCUAUGGAGACAGAACAGGCAACCAUUUCACACCCAUUUGGGAUGUGUUCCUUUCAGGCUCCUGCCUUCAGUUAAUUGACACAAUCCCAGCUAAGGGCUCUCCUCGGAGAACUUCCUAGUCCUUGGAUACAAAUAUCUUUGAGGAGCUCUGCAGAACGGCUGCUAGUUUUUCAGAUCAGUGUUCAGCAGCUCAGGGAAUGCUGUGUGUGACCCCUUGAGAGGUACAUCUCCCUAAAGGUAAUUUUUAAAAAGAAAACGUGGCCCAAAUCCAAAGCUCCAACACAACACAGAGUUCCACACGAGCAGAGGCUUCACCCGUCCGUUCUAGUGCACGCAUGGAGCAUCCUCAGACAUUGGUCAAUAGGAAAACAGCUGCUCCUGCAAAACUUCUUGUUUCUAUCAGACCCAACCCCAAUAUGAGCCAUGCAAUAAAGGGAAAUUAUGUCAUCUCUUCUACAGAACAAUGUUCUUAUUGUAUUCCCCCAGUUACUGCUAUGUUUUUUUUCUACGUCCAUGCUUGUGGGUGGUACAGAGAUGGCAAGCAAAGAUAUCACCUGGCCUAUCUUGCACACAGUUCAGCUUUCCUUAAAAAGGGGAGGAGAGGCGUUUCUUACUUUCAUAAGCUGUUGACUCUCCCUAUACAAACCAUAAACUGUAUAUUCUGUUUAAUUACUCAUUAAAAAAACCAAAAUCAAAUACGAGUUAACAAAGGGGGCGGCAGGGGGAGAAAACCAACAGCAAUAAGACAUUCAUAUCUAUGGAUCAGCUAACACUUAAUACAUAAUUGCUUUUUCAAAUAAAACUAGCCAAUGUUUUUUUUUAAAAGAAGAGGUUAAUUUGUAAAUACUUUUUUUUUUCAUUUUACAGUUGUAUAAUAAGUGUAUAUGGUGUUUACUUUUUCAGAACCUUUUUUCUUAACUUAGUCUUGUUUUACAAGUUGUGUUUUUACAAAAACUGAGAAACGUCACAAUUUGUCGGCGGGGGGGGCAACAAAGCCCCCCCCCCCCCGCCCCGUUUCAUCACAAUGUUGGUGUCUGUUGAAAGUACUCCCUGUUAUUUGCAUCUUUAAAAAAAAAAUUCUCCUUAUCUUCAUUGUAAAGUAAUUUGUAUUAUUAAAAAUAAAUAAUCAACAUUUUCCCAUUUCCAUCCCCAGCCAGUCUGUGUGUUGAGAGAGAGGAAGAGAGGGAGAGAGAGAGAGUCUUUUAAAGGCGGGGGGGGGGGGGGGAAACAGUCUCGGAAAUAAAAGUUUCGAUCAAGGGGAAAAGCUGUGCAUUUGUAAUACACCCAGAGCAUUUCAGCAAACUUUUUUUGUUACUCCCGCGCUCCCCGCCCCCCACCAGCUGCUGCUAACAAUAUGAUGACUUGCUCUCCAAUUCUAGAACUAUUUUUCUGUAAUUAAAGUAUGCUUUCUUGUUUAUAAAUGCCUGAUUUACAAAAAGGAAAAAAAAGCGUGGCAUAUUUAUCUAUUUCGCUGUGUAACUUGAUAGUCCUUUUCAAACGCCCCCUUUUUUUCCACGUCCCUCCCCAACCUGAAACAGAUAAUAUUGUAAAAUAAAGGACUUUAUCAGAUUAUGUAUGAAAAUAACUAUGCUUAUAUAUACCACAGUGACUGAAUGUACAGUGUAUAGACGCAUUACCUAAAAUAAAAUUGUUUGUCCAGAAAACAA